CCUGAGCUACAGCUGCAGAAGAACAAGAAGCAGCUCAACCGAACAGAAAUACAAGGGGAAGCUAACCAGCAGCUAACUAUCGGUUAACUAGCGACUAACCAGAUAUAAAUAUAAAGUCCAGCUCUGAGCUUCUCCUCCCGACGGAGCAGAGCAGCUUCAGGCCGAGCAGAGAGCCGAACUCCCACAGAGAUGCCUGAAACUGAGAGCUACUCCAACCCUUUGGCCCCUGAGGGCCACGAGGUGGACGACCACAGAGCUGCUGCCCAGUCCAAACUGACCAAUGAUGACUUCAGGAAGCUGCUGAUGACGCCGCGGGCAGCGCCGUCUUCGGCUCCGCCCUCCAAGUCCCGACAUCAUGAAAUGCCGAGGGACUACAAUGAGGAUGAGGACCCUGCAGCUAGGAGGAGGAAGAAGAAGAGCUACUAUGCUAAGCUACGUCAGCAGGAGAUGGAGAGAGAGCGAGAGCUGGCCGAGAAAUACCGAGACCGAGCCAGAGAGCGUCGGGACGGAGUCAACAAGGACUACGAGGAGACGGAGCUGAUCAGCACCACGGCCAACUACCGGGCAGUAGGCCCCACCGCCGAGGCGGAUAAAUCUGCAGCAGAGAAGCGUCGGCAGCUCAUCCAGGAGUCCAAGUUCUUGGGAGGUGACAUGGAGCACACCCACUUGGUGAAAGGUCUGGACUUCGCUCUGCUCCAGAAGGUGAGAGCUGAAAUCACGAGUAAGGAGAAAGAAGAAGAAGACAUGAUGGAGAAAGUUCAGAAGGAGGCCAAGAAGGACGUAGAGCCGGAGGAGAAGAUAGAGUUUAAGAGUCGUCUUGGUCGGAACAUCUACAGAACAGUGUUCAGGUCUGGGCUGCCAGAGAGGAACGAACUGUUCCUGCCUGGUAGGAUGGCCUACGUGGUGGACCUGGACGAUGAGUUCACCGACACCGACAUCCCCACGACCCUGAUCCGCAGCAAAGCAGACUGUCCCAGUAUGGAGGCCCAGACCACUCUGACCACCAACGACAUCGUGAUCUCUAAGCUGACUCAGAUCUUGUCCUACCUGAGACAGGGGACGCGUCACAAGAAGAUCAAGAAGAAGGACAAAGGUAAGCUGGAUGAUAAACGGGCUCCUGAAGCUGAUCUGAGCAUCUUUGACGACAUCGGAGACUACAUCCCGUCCAACGCCUCCAGACCGGCACGAGACAAACACCGGGACCGAGGGGGAGACCGAGGAGGAGACCGAGAGGACGAGGCCAAGAGCCGCAGACACAGCUACUUCGAGAAACCCCGAGGAGAUGAACAUCAGGUGUUGGAGGUGGAUUCAGGUCCUGGGUCGGUCAGAGAGCAGAUCAAGAUGAUCAAUGAGAAGUUUGCAGGAGCAGCAGGCAGCCAAUGGCAGAGCCAGGAGCCUGGGUCUCAGAGGAGAGAUUCCAGUAAAGAGCAGCUGGGAGAUUUCUUCGGAGGAUCCAACUCCUACGCAGAGUGUUACCCUGCUACGAUGGAUGACCUGGCCGUGGACAGUGAUGAGGAAGUGGACUACAGUAAGAUGGAUCAGGGUAACAAGAAGGGUCCUCUGGGUCGGUGGGACUUUGAUACUCAGGAGGAGUACUCUGAUUACAUGAACAACAAGGAGGCCCUGCCCAAAGCUGCCUUCCAGUACGGCAUCAAGAUGUCUGAGGGCAGAAAGACUCGACGCUUCAAAGAGACCAAUGAGAAGGCAGAGCUGGACCGCCAGUGGAAAAAGAUCAGCGCCAUCAUCGAGAAGAGGAAGAAGAUGGAGGCUGACGGGGUCGACGUGAAGAGACCGAAAUACUGAAGACUUUCUGUUGUUCGUCCUUCCUUCCUUCCUUCCUCCUUCCUUCCUUCAUUCCUCCCUUCCUUCCUCCUUCCUUCAUUCCUCCCUUCCUUCCCUCCUUCCUUCUUCCUUCCUUCAUUCCUCCCUUCCUUCAUUCCUCCCUUCCUUCCCUCCUUCCUUCCUCCCUCCUUCAUUCCUCCCUUCCUUCCUCCUUCCUUCCUUCCUCCUUUCCUUCCCUCCUUCCCUCCUUCCGCCCUUCCUUCCUUCCUUCCUUCCUUCCUUCCUUCCUUCCCUCCUCCCUUCCUUCCUCCCUUCCUCCCUUCCUUCCUUCCUUCCUUCCUUCCUUCCUUCCCUCCUGAUCAAUAAUCAGUAUUGAUCGGUGAUCAGCUUCAUGUGUGAAAUCAGUUAGUUUGGAAACUUUAAACUCAGAAGUAACAAGUAAAGCAGGAUAUUAUUGAUUAGCUCAUUUUAUUGAUUAUCUGUUACUGAUUAUCUGUUACUCAUUAGCUGAUGUUCUCCCGUGUUACUAAUCAGUCUGAAAACUCACCAAUAAAACUGUCACAUCCCA